AUGAAUCGCUCGCGAUUUGAAGCUCUCCCCAACAGCUCAUCCUCCCCACCAAUCCUCCUCGAUUUAAUAAAUAACCCCUCUUACAACUACAAUUCCGGUACCCCUUCAUCCGUUCGCACCUCCACCUCUUCUUCUCAUCGCACAUCCAUUACCAGCAUAUCAUCACGCACUCCUCCGCCUUCCUUCCAUUCGAGUCAGCUUGCACAUUUAAAUGGACAAAAUCAGCCCAGUCAAGCGUUAAUCUCUUCCUUUUCCGGUACUUCGAAUUACUUUAAUGGAAGCGGAAAUGGAGCAGGAGCGACAGGAGGAACGAAUGGCACAACACCAUUUCCCUCGUACAACAACGGACAGUAUAUCGAGUCCGCACCCCCAUCCUUUCAUUCCCGCUCUAGCACGCCUCGUCCAACACCUAGUACGAGGACACUGGCGAGUAAUGUAAGUGGAAGUAGUGGAGUAGAACUUUGGGGGGUGGCUACUACUACUUCUGGGGGUGAUGAGACGGUAGAGGACAGAGAGGGAGCUAGUGGAUUGAUGAUUGUUAAGGGAUUGGAAAGGAGAAUGGAGAGGUUGGAAGAAAGCAUUGGGAGGUUGCUAUUGGAAAAUGAAGAGUUACGUAGAUUGAGGACUGCAAAUGCCGCUACAGGUACACGAGGUGAAAAUCAGCGGAUUAGACAAAAUUGCUGUGUUACGUUUACGGAUGCAUCGAGGGAUAUGGAGGAGGCGCUGGUUAUGAAUGGCCACAACAAUUGUUGCGUCCGAUUUUCCUCCUCAAAAGCCUCCUCAGAUAGUAAACAUCGUAAAAGGGGAUGCUUUGUAGCGAUUGUGUUUAUGGCUAUUUUGAUAACGCUUUUUGUAGUCAUGGUUAAUGGGGCUCUGAAGGAAGCUAGAGGGGAAAGAGAGGGCAAGAUGAGAUUUGGAGAAGGUAGGAUGAGGUUUGGGGAUCAUGGGAUAAGGUAUGAAGAAGGGGGGAAUGAAGAUUUAAAUGAGGGAUUAAAGGUUUAG